AUGAAUAACGAAGUGGAACUAAAUAUAAAAAUAAACUUAGAUAAAAUGGUACAACAGUUUAUAGAAACUCGGAAGAAUAAUAGCGAUGAAAAUUUAACAGACAGUAACAUUCUAGAGAGCAUUUUUGAUAACUCUAUAAUCGUAGAAGGAAAUACUAGUAACAAAGAAAGUGCACAGUAUGCUCUGAAUAUAUUCAAGAAACUCAUUUAUUUAAAUCCACUAAUAUAUACAAAUUGUGAGUAUGAUAGUAACAAGCUUAUAGAAGAACUAAGAAAUACGUCUUUAGAUAACGAGGAGGAAGAACUAAGAAGUAUAUCUUUAGAUAACGAGGAGGAAGAACUAAGAAAUACGUCUUUAGAUACCGAGGAGGAAGUUAAGCUUUAUAUAUCAAAAAUAGUGAAUGAAGGGAUACAAAAUAUGUCAGCUACCGCACCACGAUAUAAGAUUAAUGAAGAUAACUAUAUAGACGAAGUAGAAGAACAUAGUGAAUCUACAAUUUCGAGUUUUUUCAAACCAGAUUCUACUCAUGAGCAUACAAUAACGCUUAAAGGAAGUACAGAUAAUCCCAAUUUAGAUCAAAUGCUGAAGAAUUAUUCUGAUUAUUUAGAUGGACUUACAGAUUAUAUUUUAUAUAAGAAACUUUUUAACACUACAGAAAAGCUUCAGGCGAUUAAAGAAAAUUAUUCAGGUAAUUUAUACACUUUAAAACAGCUAUACAUUAGAAGAAGAGACAAUGCAUGUCUUAUGGAGCACGGAUUAAAGCUGUGCAGGGACAUGGAAAGAGGGAUUAAAGAUAAUUUUAUAGAAGAAGAAGUAAAGCUGAUUGCAUCUAUUGGAACAUAUAAUAAUGAAAUUACUGCAGAAAGAGAUGCGUUUUAUAAGAUACUAGGAACACUGUGGUACAUGACAAACAAUAACAUCUCAAUAGCAGAUAUAAAUACUGAUGGAUCAGACGUGCUAGAAAUAGAUGACAGUUUAGAAGGCUUUAUCAAGUAUCAAAAAAAUGAAAAUCUAAUUAUAGAUGGUAAAAUGAAUGAUUUGGAUAGAGAGAUUAAGAAAGCAGGUGAUGUUGUACUGAAAGAAGCACAAGACUAUAUUAAGUGUAAUAAAAGCUCUUUUUCUAAAACAGAAGAGUAUGAAACAGCAAAAAAACAGCUUAAAAAUACUAAACAGAAGGCUGAAAAUAAUUUUAAUCGAUUAUCAAUUAAGAGAAGAAAUGAAAAAGGCCAGAAGUUAAAUAACGAUCAAAAUUCUCUAAGUCGCAUAUAUCUUGUUUUACAUUCAUAUCAAAGAGAGUAUAUAAUAGAAAAAAUAGAAGAACAUGCAAAACUACAUAAUAUAAAAACAAAAGUCAAAAAAACCUAUACUAGAAAGACUUUUGUACUCUAUACAAUUCUUGGGUUAUCCUUCUUAAUGUUUGUUGGUUGGAUUGUAUUGAUUACAAGUGAUUUAGUUAAUUGUAUUUUAUUUACUAUUAAUAAUCUGACAGUGUGA